UCCAAGCAAGGGACAGUUGGAGGGCCCGAGCCAAAGAGCAGGAUGGACCAAGCAGAGUAUUUCCAUUCCUGGUGCAGACAAGACGAGAUGAUGCUCAAUCUACUUGAGAAAUGUCCAACUCAGCAGAUACAGCGACUCCCACUACCUAUACGACGCCUGGAGAAAAAGCAAGAAAUCCAGAAGAUGCUGGAAGCAAGGAGAGAGGAUUACCACAAAGCAAUGGAGGGUGUGGCCAGAGAGUGGGAGAAGCUACAGGAGAAAGAAGCAGAGAUAAGAGUUGGCCUAGAGAAGUACAAGAAGUCCAUUGUGAAGAACGAUAAGAAACAAGAGCGGGCAUUCCGAGAUGCGGCAAAGGCACGGAGUAUGUGUAUCCAGUAUGACCUGCAGUUGAAGGCCUUACAGGAGCAAUGUGAGGAGUUGGAUAAGAAAAGGGCUAAGACUAAAGCACAAGUCCAAAAAUAUGAAAAAUGUCAUCGAUAUCUGGAGAAGGUGGUAAAGGCUUCAGAAAAGUUCCAAAGCAUCCCUGAACUUAUGAGUCAGUUCCAUGCUCUGGUAAGUUAUCUACCUCAGGAGGAGCAAGAGGAACAGAAGAGCCAAGAGUCAAGAAGUCAACGUAUUCACUGCAUGGAGGAGAAGAGCGACUCUAUUGUGCAGUUUAGUAAUGAGAUCCACCGCUUGUAUAUCCGCCUGGAGAAGGCAAAGAAGAAAAGAAGAGAGUGGGAGUUGCGUUGGAACCAGAUGCUGAAGACGGCCACCAGGAAGAAUCUGCUGCUGGGAACAAUAAAGGCGGCAGUGAGAGAUAUUUUCCAGACUGUCAUUAGCCAGGGCCUGGGCAGCAACAGUGUCGGGGAAGAUGACAUUGUGGAGCAGCUGGAAAUUAUUAGGAAAGACAUUGAAGACCUUACUGAUAUUUGGGAAAAACUGAGCCUGAACGAGGAGCUAAUGGAACCCAUCCACGCCCCCCUCCUUCCCACAGAUAAAACACUGGGUCACCCUCCUUCACAGUAAGAGGGGUGUAGGAACAAUUGUUUUGCUUUUAAGGGAAUAAUUAAAAAAAAAAAAAGCA